CUCGCUCUAGCAGGAAGUUGACGCUAGCGAGGCUCAUACAGGGAUAAGCCAUCGUUCAGCCACGUAUUAAGCUUUUAAUUUUACAUUCAGUGAUCUUUGCAUCGUAUAUGUGACAGCGAUGAUUUAAAGCCUGUGCUGCUCGUCUCUUACAGAUUGCAAAUCGUCCUCGUCGGCGGGCAGACAGUCAUUGACGUCAGUGCACGUUUAUACUAUUAAUAUUUGUAAAUCAUGUUUAGACUGUAGCCAUUCGCGCACGAGCAACCUAUACGAGUAGGAUAUAUAUGAAACAGAGAACGUAGAAAGUGUGAAUGGUUUCGUAUCCUUUGCUCGACCUGAAAGCCGGUUGCUAUGCAUUGCGUGCAUCUGUGUCUACAACCAUGCAGCAUUGCGUGCAACUGUGCUGAAAUGUCACACUGUCUUUUCUAACACAUCGCUGUAGUGCAUACAGUAGACAGUGGUGGGUCAGAAUGAACAGAAACCACAUGAAAAAUGGUGCUUUCUGAGCCUUACUGGGAUCAUCACAUCCCACUGCCAAAACUGGGACCCUUGCACUCCCGGCUGGUUACUGCCUUUGUUGCCCUGAUCUGUUUUAUAAACAGCUAUGAUGGGGACUUUGUCUUUGAUGAUUCAGAAGCCAUCAUCAAUAACAAGGAUUUGAAUCCUGACACUCCUCUCAGUAACAUCUGGAAAAAUGAUUUUUGGGGAAGUAACUUAAGUAGCAACUCCAGUCACAAAUCCUACCGGCCGCUGACCGUCCUGACAUUCAGGAUUAACUACCUCUUGGCUGGGGGAUUGCAUCCAGUUGGCUUUCACGUGCUCAACGUUGCUCUCCACUGUAUUAUUUCUGUGUUAAUGAUUGAUGUGUUUGCAAUAUUAAUUGGUGGCCCGGUUCAAGAUGGAAAAGGGGCGAAACUCAGUCUCCCUCCGAAAGCGUCCUUCCUGGCGGCGCUUUUCUUUGCUGCACACCCAGUUCACACAGAAAGUGUGGCUGGCAUUGUUGGCAGAGCAGAUUUGUUGUGUGCCCUCUUUUUUCAGCUCUCUUUUCUGGUUUACUGCAAAGCUUUUCAAGUUGGUGGUGAUAAAAAGUUCUCUGUGUUGUGGAUAUUUGGCAGCAUUCUUCUGUGUGCUGUAGCCAUGCUCUGCAAGGAACAAGGCAUUACGGCUUUGGGAGUUAAUGCUGCUUAUGACAUUCUCAUGGUGUGCAAUCUGAACAUUUAUGAGCUUGCUCACCGGCUGCUGUCCAGGAGAAAAUCAGCUGACAUUGGUGGUUUGGCAAGAAACGGUUUGCUUAUGAGGUUGGCUCUUCUCUUUCUUGGUGGUUCCUUACUUAUGUACGCGAGAUGGAAAAUCAUGGGAACUGGACCUCCAUCUUUCACCGAAGUGGAUAACCCAGCAUCCUUUGCAGAAAAUAUCAUCCUGAGGAUUGUGAACUAUAAUUACUACUACUCUUUGAAUGCCUGGUUGCUGCUGUGUCCCUGGUGGCUGUGCUUUGAUUGGUCAAUGGGCUGUGUGCCUCUGAUUUGCUCAGCUGCUGAUUGGAGGAUCGUCUGGCCUGUUGUUCUGUGGUUCUGUCUGAUUGGCUUGGUGAGCCAAGCUCUGUUCUCACAGGACAGCAAUAAAAGAAGAACUCUGACAUUUGGCUUGGUACUGCUGGUGAUCCCCUUCCUACCAGCCAGUAAUGUGUUCUUCAGAGUGGGUUUUGUGAUCGCGGAGCGUGUGCUGUACCUCUCCUCAGCGGGCUACUGCCUCAUUCUGGCCUACGCUGUGGGCUACUGUAGCUGCCGCUGGAGGAAACACAAGAGGCUGCUGAAAGCAGCCACGUUGACGCUGCUGUGUGUGAAUGUGACUCGCUCUGCACAGCGCAGUCAACAGUGGAGGUCUGAACAGAGUCUCUUCACCAGCGCCCUUUCUGUGUGCCCGCUCAACGCCAAGGUGCAUUAUAAUGUUGGCAAAAACCUUGCUGACAGGGGAAACCAGAGUGCUGCAGUCCAGUACUACAGAGAAGCAGUCAGAUUACAUCCCAAGUACGUUCAUGCUAUGAACAAUCUUGGAAAUAUAUUAAAGGAAAGGAAUGAAUUAAAGGAAGCUGAAGAGCUCCUGUCAGCUGCGGUUCAUAUUCAGCCUGAUUUUGCUGCAGCAUGGAUGAACUUGGGUAUUGUGCAGAACAGUCUAAAAAAAUUUUACAAAGCUGAACAGAGCUAUUGGAACGCCAUUCGAUUCAGGAAGAAAUACCCAGACUGUUAUUACAACUUGGGACGUCUGUAUGCAGACCUGAACCGCAGCAUUGAUGCGCUGAAUGCCUGGAGGAAUGCCACCAUGCUGAAGCCUGACCACAGCUUGGCAUGGAACAAUAUGGUCAUACUGUUAGACAACACUGGUAAUCUGGCACAAGCUGAGCUGAUUGGAAAGGAGGCAUUAAAGAUAUUGCCAAAAGAUCACACCAUCAUGUUUUCCCUCGCCAAUGUCCUUGGGAAACAGGAAAAAUACAAGGAGUCAGAGGGAUUCUUUCUUAACGCUCUGAAGAUCAACCCAAACGUUGCCAGUUGCCAUGGUAAUCUUGCUGUUCUUUAUCACCGGUGGGGAAAACUAGACUUAGCAAAGCGACACUAUGAACUGUCUCUGCGACUGGAUCCCAGCGCUCCAGGGACCAAGGAAAACUACAACAUGCUGAAACGCAAGCUGGAACAGCGGCAAAGGACUGUUGGAUAACACUGUUUUUGAUACCUGCAUGCAACAAAAGUCUUUGUAUACGGUCUCUACUCAAGUAAAUAAACUAAUUCAUCCUA